AUGAACGCGGUGAGCCUGAGAGAGCUCCAGCAAGUUACUGUAAGAAACGCUUUGCAGCUGUGUAGUCAACACGCAGCUCGAGUAACCCGCAAAGAGCAGAAACAUGCAAAAUCACGUUGCGUUUUAUUUCAUAGUUCUUUCACCUGCAUCUUCGACUUGUCACUCGCUAGCUUUGCGCUAGUCUAUGAUGGACUGUUCAAAGCUCAGUUUGGUGCUCUCGACGUUGCUGUCGGUGGGUUCCAGGACAUCAGCCUGGCUCACAUACGGUACCAGUCCCAGGAACGCUUUGGCCUGUCGUUCCUUGGCAAGCGGUUCAGUGAGGAAAGCCUGAUCAAGUUCUUCCGUUGUUUGGAAUUUGGUGCUGUAGUAUAUGAACGAAAUAGAAAGAUGAAGUUCCCGAAGAUUAGUUUAUUGUCCGUUGGCACGAAUCCCUAUCUAGACAUAUCCUCGGUGUUCGACGAUGCGUUUGUCAAGGCCUCAAGCGCAAGACGGUUAAAGGCGAUAAGAUGGAUGAAUCAACGGCGUUCUCGGUUUAGGGCUCUGUCUGGCGAUGGCGUGACAUCCCCAAACACGCUCUCUAGACGACGGGUGCGUGCGAUGAAUCUUAGAAGUGCUUUAAUGCCCGUUGAAUCCGAGUUUAAGAGGAACUGCUAUGGUGAAGUGGUGGACGGAUUCGUUGCGGUCAUUGCAGGCUGGGGCUUUUGCUAUGUGAUGGAGGUAUUUGUUCAGCGGAGCGUGGCCAGAGCAGAGCAGAACUGA